UGUGAGAGGAAAAAACAUCUCGGCUGAAGUCUUCCCCUCUACAUCUGUACUGUUGGAGUGCGUUUGACUCUGACAGUGGUAGCGGUGCACAGAGAGAGGGGGAAGCGUGCAGAUCUGUCCUGCUUUGCUCACCAGCUCAGAAAUAAAGGGAUUCUUCCUGGGCGGGUGGGUGAUUACGGACGUCUCUGCGUAUACUUGAAAGGUGUGCUAAUGCAUCGGCAUGAGGGGACAGACAGUGAUUGAGUAACAGGAGAAAAAAAAAAAAAGAACAAACCACCAGGGCAGACGUACAGGAGGCAGCGUUGACCCUGAGGAUGCCUGCAGUCACUCCGUCUCUUCUCAAGGUGUGUUUCUGAAGGCUGGAUGCUGACUCUCAGGUGUCAGGAUGUGAAAGCUGCUGGUUAACAGAUUCUCCAUGGCAACGGCCGGAAAAGAUACAAGAACCUGCCGCAGACUCCAGGGGUUGUCUGUGACAAAGCUGUGAUGCGAGGAGAACAUCAGCUUUGGUUUCCAGUGCUACCUUCCAAAUCGAGUCAUUCCAUCCUUAAACAGCAGUCAAACUAAGACAGAGGAGCAAGGAAAUUACAGACAACUGGAAACCAAUAGCCACUAGAAAUACCACCUUCUUUAAUCUAAAGAUAAAUCUUGACUGACUUCAUUUUUCUUUUAACAGUAGGCGCAAAGGUCAUCAGGGGUCAUUGAUAUUUCUCUUCUUUUGGUAAUGAGCUGUUGAACCCCACUUACAACUAUGAGUUAGAGUGACACUGAGAGAGCAUAUCCACGCUAACCCCCGCUUCCUCUUCGGGAAAGCUGAACUUUCAAACAAACUAACAGGAGAACCACUUAACCUCCUGUCCUUUGGUUGAAUAAAUUUGAUUUCGCUCUAUGAAAUGAAGAACCGCAGAAUGAUCCUGCUGCAAGCUCAACUCCUGCUGGGCGUGGCCAGCGCCCUGGUGAUCCACUCCCUGCCCUGGAGGGUGUCCUGCCCCGCCCCCUGCGUCUGCCAGCUCAAGCCCUGGUACUCCCCGCAGUCGGUGUACCGGGAGGCCCCCACGGUGGACUGCAACGACCUGCUCCUGUCCCGGGUCCCUGCGGGCCUCCCCUCGGAGACGCACACACUGAGGCUGCAGAGUAAUCUCCUCGGUGGCCUGGAGCAGAGCGAGCUGCAGGGCCUGGCCAACCUGACUGAGCUGGACCUGUCUCAGAACAGCUUCGGCACCGCCCGCCGCCUGCGCAUCAUGGACCUGCCCUCCCUGCUCACCCUCCACCUGGAGGAGAACCAGCUCCGCCACCUCCCGGACUCCGCCUUCUCUGGCCUGCCAGGCCUGCAGGAGCUGUACCUCAACCACAACCGGCUCAGGGACAUCUCCCCGGGGGCCUUCAAGGGUUUGGGCAACCUCCUGCGGCUCCACCUCAACUCGAACCGCCUGUCCGCGAUCGACCGGCGCUGGUUCCACGCCCUGCCCCGGCUGGAGGUUCUGAUGAUCGGGGGGAAUCCAGUGGACGCCAUCCAGGACCUGAACUUCGAGCCGCUGGCUUCCCUGCGCAGCCUGGUCCUGGCAGGGAUGGGCUUGCGGGAGCUCUCUGGGAGGUCUUUGGAGGGACUGUUCAACCUGGAGAGCAUCUCCUUCUACGGCAACCACUUGACCAAAGUCCCCAGGGAGGCCCUCCGGAAGCUUCCGGGGCUGAAGUUCCUGGACAUGAACAAGAACCCGAUCCAACUGGUCCGGCGGGGGGACUUCAAAGACAUGUUUCACUUGAAGGAGCUGGGCCUGAACAACAUGGAGGAGCUGGUCUCCAUCGAGCACUCGGCCAUGGAGAACCUGCCCGAGCUGACCAAGCUGGAGAUCACCAACAACCCCAAGCUGUCCUACAUCCACCCGCAGGCCUUCCAGAGCCUGCCCAGCAUGGAGAGCCUGAUGCUCAACAGCAACGCCCUCAGUGCCCUGCACCGGGAGACUGUGGGCUCCCUGCCCAGCCUCCAGGAGAUCAGCCUCCACACCAACCCCAUCCGCUGUGACUGCCUCGUGCGCUGGGUUGGCACCGAGGGCGACAACCCGGUCCGCUUCAUCGAGCCCCAGUCCACCUUCUGCUCUGAACCCCCGGAGCUCAAGUCCAGGAGGGUGCGGGAGGUCUCUUUCAGGGAGAUGGCCGACAGCUGCCUGCCCUUGAUCGCCCCGGGCACGUUUCCUUCCCACGUCCGAGUCCGGCGCGGGGCCGACCUGUCGCUACAUUGCCGGGCCCUGGCCGAGCCUGAACCUGUCAUCUUCUGGGUCACCCCUUCCGGGCAGAAGCUCUCUCCUGCCACCACUUACAAGCGGUACCGAGUCCAUGGGGAGGGGACCCUGGAGAUCUCCAGGAUUGGCGUGGAGGAGACAGGGCUUUACACCUGUGUGGCGCAGAAUCUGGUGGGCGCCGACACGCGGAGCGUCACAGUGAGGGUGGAAGGGGGGCGGAAAGCCCCAUCACGGAGCGGCAAGAGAGGCAAUGACCGCCUGGAGGUGAAGGGGGUGGAGGAGCGCUACGUCCUCCUGGCCUGGCCUGCUAACCGCAACAUCCCUGCGGCCAGGCUGUCCUGGGCAGCUAACAAUAGCCUGGAGGAACACCACCGCCACAGCGCCCGCGUUCUGGCCGGGACCCGCGGCUUCAACCUGACCCGCCUCCAGCCCGGCACCCAGUACACGGUGUGCCUGCACCUGAGCCCCAACGAGACCUCCUGUGUCCACCUCAGGACUAAGGAGAUCCCAGGGCCGGAGGUCUCCGAGGACCUGACCCCCACCACCCUCCUGGCGGCCUCAGCUCUGCUUCUCAUCCUGGCUGCCAAGGCCCUCCAGGGUGGGGGCUGGAUCGUCUGGCAGGAGAGGGGUCAGGAGAAGAAGAAACCUCCAACCUCUUCCUCUCCCGUCAAGGGGAUGAGCCAUGCAGCCCAGCCGCUCCUCCAGAAAAAGCAGCUGGAGCCGUGUCCGAUGGAGGGCUCGUCAGAAACCUACAGCAGAGAGGAAAGCAGCGCACACGGCGUGAAUAAUGUGUAAGAGAGCUUUGGCAGAAGGCUUCGGGGUCCAGAGAGGAACACAUAAGUGGUACUUCUGGUGGAUUUUGUAGUGCUUGAUGACCAAUACAAAAGGACAACUUCAAAAAAAAACUUUAAAAGCAGUGUCAACAG